AUGUCGCAGCAGCAGCAGCAACCAGACGGAACAACUUCAAGUCAGCAGGUAUCACGACGAGCUACCAAGUACAAUGGUGAGGUGUUGAAAAUACUACAGACAAUGGAUCGCACCCCCAUGUCAAAUUGGUCGGGCCUCUCGACAUCUCUCACGCAACUUUUGAAGUGCCUGGAGGCAAAUGUCGAAUUGGCAGUGGGGUCUGCGCUGGAUACCACAUUGCUGUGCCGUGUUAUAUACAAGUGUCUUGACCCGAAAGGGGUGAUGGGAGUGCACAGGAAAGCACUGGAAGUGCUGCAGCGCCUUUCUGAACGCUUAGGAGCACUCCCGCUUGUGCAGCAUAUGCCGUUGGUACUGGCCGCCGUGCUUAAUCUCUUGCCUCGUUGUUCGUUACAAGUGAAGUGCGAGUUGCUUAACUUUGUUGACGUAAAUAUGCUACGUGAGUUGCCCGCCGAAGUAGUUGCAUUGCAGCUACCAGGUAUCAUUCCCGCUUUGCUAGGUGGUUUAGAAGAGGGUGGAGAAAGUGAAGUGUACCGCCUCUCAUUGAAGCUCAUGGGGAACAUACACGAUAUCAUAAAAACUUACGCUGCGGCAGAGGCGUCAGCCAAACGUGAUCGUGAUGAAGAGUUUGGUGAGUCGUCUGCGGACAGUGGGAAACCACCUGAAAGUGUGCUUCGUUGUGGCGAUGCCGCUGUAUACCGCGUUUUGUGGUUUACACUGAAGAAUUCGCCUUCGCUGCGCGGCUCUGCUCUGCAGUACCUGAAGCAACAGCUUGAUGAGGCGGUAAAUCGCAUUCCCGGCGGCGAUGGAGAUGAUGAAGUUACUUUUGGCGUUCAUGCGGUUGAACAGGGAAUUGGUAGCGGAUUUAACCACUCAGCUGCACCCCCCGCAUUUUUUGGGAAUGAUCUUCGUCUUGUUUUCAGCUCUAUAUUCGCGACUCUGCAGGAGCAGAACGAAAGAACACGAAGGCUCAUGCUUGACCUUCUCAUAAUAGCGUUUCCGCUGAAUGACACUGCUUUGCUCACCUUCGCCGAGAAGUCGCUUUUGGUGAGCGCUGUGGUUCAACAGUUGGGAGCACCGGAUAGCAGCAACAGUACUCAACGGCGCGUUGUGGAGUGGUUGAUGGGACCUUUCCCUGAUAUUGCUUCUCAGUUCAUUCGUGAGGUUUCGUCUUUUCACGUAGCACAGGCAUUCCACCAAUUUGUCUCUUGGUGGAAGUUGCACUUCGGUGAAUCACCCGUCCAGCAACAGUCGACAAAUGUAACUGGAGCUAGCGUCUUGGAGCGAUCGUGCUAUUAUGUACUGCACGUUACUGCAUGUAAGUCUGCUGCUGUGCUGAGUACAGAUAGUAGUGAAAAGAAGUGCGGUGAGUCUAUGAGCCCGUAUAUAUUGCCAAUCACAUGGCUGAGGGCGUUGGUUGUGCUCUUCAAGGCCGUUGUUGGCAGUGACAUGCAUGAUGGUGACGACAUAAUGAGCAGCGGAAGUAGUUUGAUCAGUCGGGAUGCUAACAGUUAUGAUGAGUAUGAUGGUAUGGGUCCUUGUUUUGCGAGCACUCCAUUCAAAGAACAUCUUGUUCCAUUGGUUAUGCCCUAUGCUUGCGAUUUGCUCGUUUCCAUGGAGGCUCUUAUGAAUAGAGGUUCCCUGCAAGUGGACUGCGUCGAAACGGUACUAGAUGCCUUCUUCGCGUCAGUUUCAUGGGAAUACUUUGUCAACCACAAACGUGGAAUUGUCUUUCUGUUGGAAAACAGUGCAGACCAACUUGCGGAUGGUUCGACCCCCCUGGCUUCCACUUCCCUUUCAACUGCACUGGAUGUGUCAGGGUGUGCCGCCGCGUCGAGUACAGGAUGCCCGCCUUCUUCAGAUUUGCAGCAGUUACCACAAGCGGAUAACAGCCAAGGGCUCUUUCGUCAGUUCCGUAUGGACCAACACUAUCUUGAAAAGCUGCAAUCGAGGUUUUUGCAGUUGAAAGGAAUGGCAUCCCUUCUUCAGAAACAUGCCAUCGUACCGCUUCGGCGGAGUGCGAAACAGAUCGCCGCUUUCCGUUGUGAGAUUUUUGCAAUCUGCCAGUCGCUCUGUGGUAUUUUGCGCAGUGCAAGCACCUCAGCUCUUACUCAUGCUACGGCACCGGAGGUUCCAGGUGCUUGUGGAAUGGUGUCUCCACUGGAGGUGUCCCUUUGUUUGGUGGAAGGGUCCUUUCAAGUGUUCAAUUUGCUCUUCACCGAUAUCAUAUUGGCUUUGCCGAGUGACGUGGAUCCUAUGGGGAACACUAUGCCCGAUAAGGAAAGUGAGAUAAAACUACUAACUAUCAUGACGGAGAGCGCUAGCGUUUUGACAAAGCUUGUUGCCUAUCAUGCCGCGGAGCGGAGGGAGUUGCUUGUUCGGGUCAAUGACGGUGUCCUCACUCUUCUCUCUCGUGUUAUUUCUUCAGGAUGGGGGAGGUGCGAACUUUGUGACGACGUGCUUGAUGGCUGGCUGCAUUCAGUUACUUCUGCCGCAGCGAGCUCUCCAUCUUUGGCUGUCCAGCGGGACUCACUGCAGUUAUUUGUCGACUUUUCGAAGUCCAUUGAUUCUCCCACUCAGUUUGGUGAAAGUAUGCGCGAAAACCGCGAGCUGAAGGCGCAGCUUGUGCCACGUGUGUGGCACCUAUUGGGGAUAUGUAGCGAGGGCAUGCAACCUGCUGUUGUGGAUCUACUUCUGCAGCUUUACGCAGAUGACGAAGCGCGGAUAAUACUUGAUGGCAUUACCGUUGAGGAUACAGUGGAGUGCGGCGAACGGCUUGCUAUCCUAUUCUUCUGGAUGGCGGAACGCGAGGCGCCGCAGAACCUCUUUCUUCCUGGCUUGUAUAUGUUGUUGCGGGCCCUAGAGCAUAAUGAUCCUUCACUGAGGUGGAUAGCUCAGUCCACAGUACGACAGUUUAUUCCGUAUCUUCACCGGUUAUUGAACCCAUUACUUAUUUCACUUACCCGACAGCUUGUGUGCUUCAACCCAGCGGCUGAGAGCUGUGGUGGAGUCGAGAAGAAGCCGGAUGAUCUCCCAACUUACAGCAAUCAGGAGCUCAGGGAUUACGAAGUAAAUCAGUUGAAACCCGCUGAGUUUGUUCGAGUUGUUGGGUGUAUAUUGAGUAACCCUGCCUCUUCCCCGCAACUGCUUCUUAAUAUGUGUAAGCUUCCCGCUCCAGCAUACAUGGGGUCUCGGUUGCCACUUCUUUCAAUGCCCGUCCACAAUGCACGCUCCGACACGUCGGGGGAUGUUGAAGGUGAGACGAACGGUGAGUCGGUGGUAGUGGGUUCCGCUUUUGCCGCACUCGUGCAGGUGCUUCUGGGCAUAGCGUACCAAAACCUAUCUCCUCGGUUUAGCGAAACAAGUACAGAUGGUAUAUGGCGUGGUGGAGAAUUGGGCGUGGCUGCUGUUGAGGCACUGACAAUGAUGCUGCAGAAAAGUCAGAGUUUAAUACAGUUGCCGAGGAUGGUUAUAAACACGUGGGGUUCCGUUUCCAAAAGAAUACUCGAACUCCUCCACGAAGUCGUACGGUGCCGUUUGUUCCCUCCAGAGCAAAUAGCCAUGCUGCAACACCUGUUGGACUCGGUGAGGCUUAUUAGUAAUGUGAGCCCUGCAGAGUCGCAUUCUUCUCCUGAAAAUAAGAGUGUUGUAGUGUGUCGUUGCGCAUCCGCACUGAGGAUGGACUUGUUUUGCGAAACAGUGGAGAUUGGAGUUGAGCGGGCAGCGGCACGAGCGUUGCUCCCGCAUGGCCGGUCCGAUCGUGAUCUUCUUAACGUUUGGUGCGACACAUUGCUUGGGCUUAUGCCUUUCCUGCACGAGCGGCGCGAAGAGGUUUGUUCGCGUGUUUUGCAGACGUUUAUACAUGUUAUUGAGCAGCAGGCGAGGACAACUUCGUCGCUGAGGGAUUGCACGACUUUGAGGGUGGUAGAGGUGUGUUUGAAGGGGAUUUUUGGUGUGCUUGAAUACUACUUCGCAGCAGGAAGCGCAACCACUGCUGCUCAAGAUAGCAUCGACGCGAAGUCAGGGGACACUGGGUCCGGCUGGUUCUCCUCACGUAUGCUUUUUGCGUCUGCUUCACCACGGAUAGUGCACAAGGUUGUGGAGCGAGCCGUGGAGUGCACAGAAGUAAUGCGAGAAUCCAUACAGCAGAUUGUAGCUACGUUGUGUAAGGUUCACCUGUGCGUUAAAAAAUAUCGAGAAGCAGCACCACAGCUGAGGUCCAAACAAAGCCAACAGGAUGAUCGUGAUGACCCAGCAUUAGGGAAAAGAGUUCUCCCCUCUGAGGCCAGCAUCACUGCAGAGGCAGCAGCAGCGUUUCUGGUGGAAACUGCAAUCCAUCGCGUGCUACUUUUUUGUCGCGAAACGAUACCGAUAGAUUUUUUCCGAAUUUUUGUCAGUGUUUGGGCGGAAGAGCACGUGCAUCAACUUAAUGAGUUGGUGAAAGAGUCUAUGACUAGUGAUCUGGGUUAUAAUAACAGUGGGUCGGGUUCAGACGCUACAACAGUAGGCAAGGGGAAUGAUGGUGAGGACGUUGCUCUCCUUACCAUCAUUUCGGCUGCACCCAAACUUGAUAUCUCGCCUGCGUUACUGUCAGAAGCAGAGUCAAUGGGACUUUUAUUGGGAGCAGGGGCUUCAACAUCUGCUCUCGCGCUGAUUAAUGCUGUGACGGAGAUUCUUGCGGAACCACAGUCUGUUGCACCGCUUGUCGCCUCCCAGUGUGAGGUUUUCGGGUCCGGGUUAGCUUUCGAUGCUGCCGCUCUCUACUUCGUUCAUACAUUUAUGCGUGUUUGGCGUACACCAGCGGAUGACAUGCCGCAGGUACUGACCGUGAUGAUGAGCUGCUUCCACGCUCGACUAACCGCCGGCGCAGUUUCGGUUCCGACGCUUGCAUUCAUGCUUUUGUGUCUUUCCCACUUUUUACCUCCCGAGGGCACUACUGAAGAGAGUGAGGUAGUGGUCGUUUCUUCUUCGGCUUGGGGAAAAGAGAAACGCUGCUUGUCUGUGCUUUGUAAAAUAUUGGAUUCACUGAGUGCCGUUAGUAGCAUUGCGUCGGAGACAGCCUCGGUUGACCCUGAAGCUCUUUACUUUGUACUCAACGUUGUAGCUCGUGUGCUCCCUAGGGCUGUGCGUGGUCUGCUUUUGGAGCACGAUCGUGUUACAACGUCGGUAGUUCACAUGUGCAAGCGCUCCGUUUUUCCUGUAAUUGCGUUCGGCAUUGACGCCCAGAUAGAUGAGGAUGCUCAUGCACGGACGCCCCUCGUGCGGGCGGCUUUGCGCGUCGCCUUAGCGGCAGUCAGCAUAAGUGACAGUGUCCCGCGACGUCUCCGUCAAGAGCUUUUGGAUGGUCCCUGUAAUUGGGACUUCUUCCGCCUUCCCAAGCGUUCAUUGCAUUACUAUGGCCAUUUGUUCGCUCGCCUCUCUCGAGAUCGUGCGUUCCACGCUGAGAUGGCGCAGCUUUUCACGCCGUCGCCAUCUCAACCGAAUCGCUUUGCUGGACUUGUGAAUCAGUCAUCUAAUGAAGAACAGCAGCAGCUACAGCGCGCGGUGCAGAUGCGGAGGCUGACCUUCUAUGUGGCGUCCAUGCCAUCCACUAUUCUCAUGUCAGACAGGGAGUUUUGCCUGCUUCUACGUGAGCAAUUUACCGAAGUGGUUCGUACCGCCUCAACAGCGGUGCCGGGUCGUCGUUCCCGUAGUAACGCGAUAAUUUACCAGGCAAUAUUUCUUUUCCGUGUGCUGCUAACCAAGUUGGAUCCAGCGCUGCUGCAGCCAUUUUGGCCUCUUGUUCUGCCAGAGAUAGCGAGGGCGCUGUCGGAAACAUUUACUCAUUCAGAUGUUGGCGCUGAAGUGAAGAACGGUGGAAGCCGCCGCGUCGAUGAAUCACAAGAGAACCUGUUACAGCUUCAGUUGGAGUGCCUCAAGGUUCUCCAUUUCGCUGUUGUUAUCGUGCCAGAAGUCAUUGCGCCAUUUCGCUGGGUCUUUAUGGAUGAUUUGAAUGUGACAGCUGGUCUUGCUUCGACCACUGAGAUUUCACCCACGUUCGUACCAUUAGUUCAGCGCCUCGUGGGGAGCGAAGUAUCACCGACGUCUGUUAUUUGCGAUUUGAAAGGCCAGUUUACAUCGAACGGUGUUGUCCCGAUGUGCUGGUCGGGGUUUCAGCGGCCGUUUCUGCACGGCCCUUCUAUUUUGAAUGGGGGGCCGAGAGGCACUCAAACGUGUGCUGCAGCUUUGCUCCUGCUCGCUCAAACGAGGGAUUUGACGACUCUCACUGGGUGUGCAACGGAACAGCAACAACUACUGACGUACAUGCGAUUAACGGAUGGGUGGGAUGAACCAUAUGUGAGGCACUUGUUGGAAAUGGACUUUUCCUGCGUUCAUGAUGCGGUUGACGUACAUCUCCAUUUGGCACAAUAG